CCCGCCUGGGUACACAGGCCCCAGCCGCCCUUAGCAACGCGGCGCCCCGGGUGGUUGCUAGGGAUGGGUGGGUGCAUUUCCUGCCCGGCAGGAAUCACUUCCGGGGCGGCAAGGCCUGGCUGAGGGGCGGUCUGCCUUCUGUGUGGUUUAUUUAAGUAGUAGUUGGUUUUGUGCACCAUCUAAAACAACAAGGCUGUAACCACACACACAAUUAGCCAGUCUUCUUGAGAGCAUCAGAGGAGAAGGGUGCGCUCACCAUGGCGACUGAGCUGGAUUUCUCCCCACCUGAAAUCCCUGAGCCCACAUUCAUGGAGAAUGUGCUACGUUACGGACUGUUCUUUGGAGCCAUUUUCCAGCUCAUCUGUGUGCUAGCCAUCAUCCUGCCGGUUUCCAAGUCCCAUAAGGCAGACUCGGAGAGUUUUGAGCCUAAGAAUUCAGAGACAGUGAAGAAGCCAAAGGCAACUGCUCCACAGAUAAGCAAGAAACCCAAGAAGGAAACCAAAAAGAAACGAUAAAGCCAUGAUGGAUGAGCCUCAAAAGACAAAAUAAUCAGCCAUAAUCAUGCUUCCUCAGACAUGACAUCAAAGGCACCUAAAUAUAUUAAAUGGUUUUCUGGCAUUGCCAUGCUUUACCUUUCAGGGACACGGGAGAAGGAACUUAGAAGGGGUGGGGUUCUGCCAUAGAUUUCUUACAAGCAAAGAGGACUUCACAUAUCUAGGACUUCAUUUGACAUGAUUAAUGCGUCAGUCACCAUUAAAGUGACUUUUGUCAUUUCUGAUGGGCAGAGAGGCCUGUUGUCCUAGCUCCUGCAUGCUGCCAAGGAUUUGUGGUAAAGCCCCUGUGGAAGGUGGAGCCUGGGUUUGCUACUUUGGAUACCGGUUUGUGUUGUAUUUUUCGAAGGCAGAAGGAGUAAAUGGAUCAAGGAUACCACGCUAUACAGCUUUGUAUUCAUCUCUGUUGUCAUCUAGUCUGAAAUACAUAGCUGCUUCUUGUGGCUUAAUAACAA